GUGAGUGACGGUUGGGGGAGACAGGCGCGCGGGCACGGACGGAGGGCCGAGGGUCAGAGGUGGUAACGGUGUCAGUGUGGGACGGCGCCGGGCCCCGGUGUGCAGGAUGCCUGUCGGCGCGGUGGCGGCCGAGCCCCAGCUGGAGCCGCUGCUGCAAAUAGACCCGAACCUGAAACCGUUCAGCGAGGAGCUGCGGAGGAGGUACAAAAAGUUCCAUACAUUGCUGAAGAGUAUUGAGGAGAAUGAAGGAAGUCUGGACCAGUUUUCAAAGGCUUAUGAGACAUUUGGGAUCCACUCUCAAGGCAAUACUAUUUAUUGCAAGGAAUGGGCACCGGGCGCAGAGGCUGUGUUUCUCGUUGGAGACUUCAAUCAAUGGAAUACCUCAUCCCAUCCCUACAAAAAGCUGGAAUUUGGAAAAUGGGAACUGCGCAUUCCACCAGAUGCCAGAGGCUUCUCACCAAUACCCCACAAGUCUAAGCUUAAGGUGUUGAUACACAACAAAAAAUCAGAACUGCUCUACCGCAUAUCCCCCUGGGCAAAGCAUGUAGUGCCUAGUGAAAAGAAUAUUACUUACGACUGGUUACAUUGGGACCCAGCCCAGCCAUAUCUGUGCAUACAACCUCGUCCCAAAAGACCAAGGAGCUUAAGAAUCUAUGAGGCUCAUGUUGGAAUUGCAUCGCCUGAAGGAAAAAUAGCUUCUUAUACAAACUUCACACGAAAUAUGCUGCCUAGAAUAAAAGAUCUUGGUUAUAAUGCUAUCCAAAUGAUGGCUAUUAUGGAGCAUGCAUAUUAUGCCAGUUUUGGUUAUCAGAUUACCAGCUUCUUUGCUGCAUCAAGCCGCUACGGGACUCCCGAUGAGCUGAAGCAGUUAGUGGACACCGCUCAUUCAAUGGGGAUUGUGGUUCUGCUUGAUGUGGUGCACAGCCACGCUUCGACAAACACAGAUGAUGGACUGAAUGAAUUUGACGGAACAGACUCCUGCUUUUUCCAUUCCGGAUCCCGUGGAACUCACACACUAUGGGACAGCCGGCUUUUCAACUACUCUCAUUGGGAGGUGCUGCGGUUCUUGCUGGCCAAUCUGCGCUGGUGGAUGGAGGAGUAUCACUUUGAUGGCUUCCGAUUUGAUGGGGUGACGUCCAUGCUGUAUCACCACCAUGGCCUAGCUGUUGGCUUUUCAGGAGAUUACAGCGAGUAUUUUGGUCUUCAAGUUGAUGACGAGUCCGUGGUGUACCUCAUGCUCUCAAACCAUCUCCUUCAUAGCUUAUACCCAGACUGUAUCACCAUUGCCGAGGAUGUGUCUGGAAUGCCGACACUGUGCCGACCUAUCAGUGAGGGAGGAGCUGGUUUUGAUUAUCGCUUAGCUAUGGCUAUACCAGACAAGUGGAUCCAGAUGUUGAAAGAACUGAAGGAUGAGGAUUGGAACAUGGGUAACAUAGUAUUUACACUGUCAAAUCGGCGUUAUGGAGAGAAGUGCAUUGCGUAUGCAGAAAGCCAUGAUCAGGCCCUCGUUGGGGACAAGACUCUGGCUUUCUGGCUAAUGGAUGCAGAGAUGUACACUAACAUGAGCGUUCUCAGCCCGUUAACGCUAAAAAUAGAUCGCGGCCUUCAGUUGCACAAGAUGAUCCGCCUCAUCACACAUGGACUGGGAGGAGAGGGAUACUUGAACUUCAUUGGCAAUGAGUUUGGACACCCUGAGUGGCUGGAUUUCCCCAGAAAGGGAAACAACGAGAGCUACCAUUACGCCCGGCGUCAGUUCAAUCUUGUGGAUGAUGCAAACCUUCGCUACAAAUACCUGUACACUUUUGACAGAGCCAUGAACAAGACCGAAGAGAAAUAUGCCUGGCUUGCAUCACAACCGGCUUACGUGAGUGAGAAGCAUGAAAGUAACAAGGUGAUUGCAUUUGAGCGGGCCAACCUUCUCUUUAUCUUCAAUUUCAACUCCCAGAAAAGUUUCACGGACUACAGAGUGGGAGUCGAACGACCAGGGAAAUAUAAAAUAGUACUGGACACGGACGCGAGCGAAUUCGGUGGACACACUCGCUUAGACAACAAAACCGAAUUCUUCACUGAAUCCAUGCCGCAUAAUAACCGUGCCAGUUCUGUGAUGUUCCUCACUACUGAUAUCAUGCGAAUAAUCCCUCAUAUUCUUAAGGUCUACCUUCCCAGCAGAACUGCAAUUAUACUGGCAAAUGUAGAUGACUCAAAUUGAACACCCACUUCCACCCUGGCAGUGCUGGAGGGACUGGGACCGGAAUCGAGAAUCCACCUCAUCUCAAUGGCCAUCACCUUUACAAAGAAAUUAUGCCGUUAGAAUAGAUAAGCAACGUGGGGUUGGGAGUGGGGGGGGGGGGGGGGUAAAUGUGAUAUAAAGUGUUCGACCUAGUGAGGGGUAUAAAAUGUGUCCUCGCAGUUAACUUGAUGCCUUAAUUGGAAUGGAAUGAUAGGUUUGGCAAAAGGAUGUGUAAAUACUGAAUGCUGGAUUGUCAUGCUGACUGUUUGGAAUCCUGCCCUACUGAUUCCUCCUCUGACUUCCCAUACCAACAGAGUUCCAGAUGGUCGGCCAGGACAGGAAUGAUUAGGAAUAAUUAUUUUUACAAACCCUUUUUGCCAAUCUGGCACUUUAAGCCCUGAAAUAUAGUGAGUUGAUUGGGAAGGGGGGGAGGGGGAGAGGAAUGGCUACCUCAUUAUAAUGUGUGUGUGGGUGGGGAGGUUGGGAGAGGAAAGACUGUGUUUGUUCUCUUGCACCGUGUGAUUGUUGAGCCCGCAUUGAGGGCUGAUUAGUGCCUCACUUCACCAGCCAAAAGUCCCCUUCUGUGCCCGUCCUCUCUGCUUGGUCCUGAAUGUGAGUUGAACAAACUGCAGCUAAGGCAGCCAACCUAGAACCAUCCUCAACAUGCGGCACAAACUGAGUGUGCGCAGCACACUAUGUCUGCAUAGCACACUGUGUCUGUAUAGCACACUCUUAGCACACUGUGUCUGCAAAGCAUAGCGCACAUGUUGAGGUUGGUCCUAGGCCGGCUGCCUCAGCUGCAGGUUUGUGCCCCUUAACCACAAAUGGUGACUGCUUUGGUUUACUAAACGACUAACUCUAACACGGCCCCACAGCCAGAAGUGGCAUUUGUGUUUGGGAAUAGGGGCAUGACAAUACCAAAGUGCAGACCAAGUUGAGAGGCUUUCAAAACUCCUUUGGAAAUGGCUAAAAUGUUAGAUUUCAGAUUUUUUUUUAGAACAAAAACUCUCUGAAGUUGCCGCCACCCUGCUGCGUGUGAGACGCUUUUUUUUGUAGUGACUGAUGUACUAAGUACUACGACUCACCACCCUGUGUUUUGUAUGUGACUAAUGUUCUUCUAAAUAGGUCAAAGCUAUCAAUGCAAGGUUACAGUCAGCAUUAAAACGUGGGUCACGAUCUGUGCUCUGUAUGAUUAAUGAAGUGCAUUUACAGGCGCACCGCUUAAUCUAUUCCAGCUUUGCCAGGGUUGUGUGUUAAACUGUGUGUCCAUGCGGGGGUGAGUCUAUACGCGAGAUUGCUGUGUACGUGGAGCGCAUGUGCGUUUUCAGUCUGCACUGCUAUGUAUAUGAGCUGGGGAAGUCUCAGUCUAUACUAUACUAUACUGCUGUGUAUCUGUCUGUAUAGAUUGGGAGGGUGAGGCUCCUGUUUUGAUUUGUUCAGUAUAUCCUGGGACUCACCGAUUCAGGAACAAAACUGGAAUAAACCAGCUAAUUUGCAUGAAAGUAAUUCUAAUCUCUCUUCCCCACUUCGCUCUCUCCACCUCUGUCGUUAAUGGAACCGAAAUUCACUGACCUUUCCAGAAAAAAAAAGCCUAACUCUGUUACUGCAGAAGCUGAAUCUUAAUCCUUGAAAGGUUGGGUGUAGCUGCUAGAGAAUUGUCAAUCUUGAUCGGGGUGUGUAGUUGGUGUAUUUGGAGGAAUUGAAUCUAGGAAGGUGCACUUUGCAAGAUGUGGAAAUUAUAUUCACUCUGAGCAUUAUUCGGGUCUGGGAGACAGUUAUUUUAUUUUGAGCACAAUUUAAUUAAAGAAAUUCUGAACAA